UGCCCAACCGGUCAACUACUGCUCUCUGCCAAUCGCUGCUUCAUUCAGGCUGCCUGUUCGUUGCGGCCCUGUCUGAAUGACGGCGCCUGCCGCCUAGUCUCGACGGAUUCUCGGGGCUACCAAUGUACCUGCACAGGAGGGUUCACUGGCGCAAACUGCGAACUCGCUAUUCUCGAGGCAGGAAUCGGCGCCGGCGCAAUUGCCGCGAUCAUCAUCCUCCUGCUCUUGCUAAUUGGUACAGUAUUCACUUUGUAG